GGCCCCCAUCGGUGCCCGGCGAGGGGGUCCCGGGCGGUUCGCAGAGACGGCGGCAGUGGAAGCCACGCGGACAGCGGCAGCAGCAGCAGCAGCAACAGCCAAAGCAGCGGCAUUUGAAGCCACAGCAGUGACAGCAGCGGCAUUUGUUUGAACCAGCAGCAGUAUCUGAAGCGGCAGCAGUUGACAGCCAGCGGUGGAAGCGAUAGAAGCAUCCUCAGCAGCAGCAGCAGUAGAAAUCUAAGCAGCGACAUCGGCAGCAACGCAAGCUUCAGUACCAGCAGCAGCAGCAGUAGCAGCAGCAGCAGCAUCAGCCGCCACCAUGUUCAGCUGGUCAAAUAAGGACGCGACGGACGGCAAGAACCCGGAGAUGUUCCAGACGGUGUCGGGCGGCCUCAAGAAGCUGUACCGCACCCGGCUGCUCCCGCUGGAGGAGCACUAUUCGUUCCACUCGUUCCACUCGCCCGCGCUGGAGGAUGCAGACUUCGACAACAAGCCCAUGGUGCUGCUGGUGGGGCAGUACUCGACGGGCAAGACCACCUUCAUCCGCUACCUGCUCGAGCAGGACUUCCCCGGCAUCCGCAUCGGGCCCGAGCCCACCACGGACUCGUUCAUCGCCGUGAUGCACGGCGACACGGAGGGCACCAUCCCGGGCAACGCGCUCGUGGUGGACCCCAAGAAGCCCUUUCGAAAGCUCAACGCGUUCGGGAACUCGUUUCUCAACAGGUUCAUGUGCGCUCAGAUGCCCAACCCCGUUCUGGAGAGCAUCAGCAUCAUCGACACGCCGGGCAUCCUGUCCGGAGAGAAGCAGCGCCUCAGCCGAGGCUACGACUUCACGGCGGUGCUCACGUGGUUCGCCGAGCGUGUGGACCGCAUCAUCCUGCUGUUCGACGCGCACAAGCUCGACAUCUCGGAUGAGUUCUCCGAGGUCAUCCGCGCGCUCAAGGGCCACGACGACAAGAUCCGCGUGGUGCUCAACAAGGCCGACCAGGUGGAGACGCAGCAGCUGAUGCGCGUUUACGGCGCGCUCAUGUGGUCGCUGGGCAAGGUAAUCAACACCCCUGAGGUGGUGCGCGUCUACAUGGGCUCCUUCUGGUCCAACCCGCUGCUCAUCCCCGACAACCGGCGCCUCUUCGAGAUGGAGGAGCAGGACCUCUUCAAGGACAUCCAGACGCUGCCACGCAACGCCGCGCUGCGCAAGCUCAACGACCUCAUCAAGAGGACGCGUCUCGCCAAGGUGCACGCGUACAUCAUCAGCCACCUGCGCAAGGAGAUGCCAGCCGUGUUCGGCAAAGAGGCCAAGAAGAAGGAACUGAUCGCCAACCUGGGCGAGAUCUACACGCGCAUCGAGCGUGAGCACCAGAUCUCCGCCGGAGACUUCCCCAACCUCAAGAAGAUGCAGGAUCAGUUGCAGGACCAGGACUUCACCAAGUUCCACACCCUCAAGCCGAAGCUGUUCGAGAAGGUGGACGAGAUGCUGAGCCAGGACAUCGCACGGCUCAUGGGCCUCGUGCGGCAGGAGGAGGCGCGUGUCCCUUCGCAGGCGGUGCGCGGCGGCGCCUUCGAGGGCACCGAGAACGGGCCGUUCGGUCGCGGCUAUGGCGAGGGCGCGGGCGAGGGUGCCGACGAGGCCGACUGGGUCGUGAGCAAGGACAAGCCGGCCUACGACGAGAUCUUCUACACGCUGUCGCCGAUCGACGGCAAGAUCAGCGGCGCCAGUGCCAAGAGGGAGAUGGUGAAGUCGAAGCUGCCCAACACGGUGCUCGGCCGCAUCUGGAAGCUGGCGGACGUGGACAAGGACGGCAUGCUGGACGACGACGAGUUCGCCCUCGCAAACCACCUCAUCAAGGUCAAGCUGGAGGGGCACGAGCUGCCCGAGGAGCUGCCCCUGCACCUGCUGCCCCCCAGCAAGCGCAAGCUGGCGAUGGCCGAGUGAGCAGCGCAGUAUGUGCGAGAGCGGGCACCCGCGCGCGGUGCUGCUCGUCGUGAAGCGUCCCGCGUCGGCUGGGAGCCGUCGCCCACUUUUCAGUGCGGAGCUCCGUGCCUCCGCGGAGUUCUUCCACGGCUGGCUUUGCACACUGGGCUUUGCGCGGGGGCCACUUAACCGCACACGUGACUUUGUCUGCACGCGUGCGCACGCACGCACACACAUGCACGAGCGCGACGAUGGUAUGAAGAGCAGGCCGGGAGAAAGAACUCCAGCUCGUUCGCCGUGACCUGCUGGCUCGCGCGUGGUGGCGAGUUCACGCCCGUCUUCACACGCACGCGUUCACAUCCGCACUUGUCAACGCGCUUGUGCCACGGGAGCGAGCGUGUACACGCAUCCCGCGUGCGUGCUUGCUCGGGAAGCUCCCUUCUGCCGACGCCGUCUAGCCAUUAAACGCGUGUUCACCGAUGUAAAGUUUAACUCGUAACAUAACUUAAGCCGUCCCGUGUCGGCACACGUACAUAGAAAAAUAUUAAUGCUUUGGAAAAGAAUAUAUACAUAUAUAUAAAAACUAAACAAAGGGACACUUUCCGUAGAUUAAUUCAAUUUAAACACUGUUGAACAAAAAUGCAGAAGUUGUCAUGUGAGAUGACAUUUGCGUGCUUGUAAAAGUUUAUUAUAAAUAUUAGCCGUUGGUUUUUCCGCCAAAAUACAAAAAAAAUACUUCUGCAUUUUGCCCCUGGCUCACCGCACGCUCGCCCGUGAGAGACACCGAGCACCGCUUCCGGUCGGGAGCGAGGGGAGCGGGCGACCUUGUGGCGCACGGCCAUUGUGAACCCCUCCAAAGGUCACCUCGAGGAACCCGGUUCCCCUGUCCGAGACUCACAUCACCUAUAGACUGGGGGUAGGUGGUGCAAGACUGGCAGUAGCCACGGUCCGUAGCAGGAGGUAUACUGGAUGUGGUGUGUGCCGGGUGGCGGUCCGAGUUGCCGUCCUGGGUAAAAUAAAAUUGAGACAAAUGUAGAAUUAAAGUUACAUAAAUUAAUGGGUGGCCAACUGCCCCGCAAGCCACUGUUGAGAUCCUGGGUUUGAAUCCAGGUUUCAGCUGCCCGUGAUGAAAUUAGAUUCUCAAAGCGUGCAGCAGCGAGUUUAUAUUCUCAGGCCCGGUCACCAAUGACAGGGCAGAUAAACAUCGCGUUCAAUUUGCAUCUGAGAAUUACCAAUGCUGGUUUAGACUUUGAUGUGACAAACAUUGCCAUCUGUGGCAUAGUGACGUAAAAAACCCGAUAGCACGAUCGGUCGCGAUAAAAUUUCAGGACGAGGACAUGAAAAUUAGAAGACAAAAGAAAAACAGCACGACAAAACAGUGACACGAGUAGGAGGCCAACAGUUAGCAAAGAAACGCGACCUUUUUGGCGAUGAGAAGCGAGCGUUAACGAGCCUCGUUUCUACUCCUUGAUAUCGCGAAGAGAGAGGGCCUUUAGUUUAUGUGCCAUGCCGUGGCUCACCUGGGCGGAUGGGGCCGCACCUGGGAGACGGUGCUAGCCGUGCGUUAAUUUGCCUUUGGCACCACGAGCGCCGGGUGGGUUCGUUUAUAAACGGCGUGGCACGCGACACGGCGGUCGUGGAGCGAGGCCGCCGUGCCCUCCGACGCCCCAACUCCGACCCAGACGGCGUGCCCAGGAACCGGGGCGGUGUUUCCGAGCCUUAAUUCCGCACUGUUCAUGCCUUGGUUACUCCAGCCGCGCUCAAUGGACGAGCGAACACUGCGGUGCCACCGCAACACUCGCAUCUGGCUGUCUUGGCGUCCGCACGCAUUUUACUCCACAGUGGUCUUUACCCGGCAGUUGCCGGUUGGAGCCAGUGUGUCGCCACACCUGGCGGCAGUGAGCUGGAGUUUAUUUUUGGUUGGCUAUGACAGAUGAUGUUUGUGUACCCGGGAAAGCCCCGCCGCAUCUCGAGACUCGUUUUUCUCAGCAGGAGGCGGUGUUGCAGGUAAAUUUCUUCCAAAUUUGGACCGCAACGCCGGCACAUGUGGCCUACGCUUUUUUGACAAACGGUCACGUAACAAAAAAACCUCUCGCGUCCACUGCGAAGCGCAAAGCCUGCGGAUCUUUCCGGCGACCGUGUCCUCUGGCAUGUUACCGCCUGCCCGCCCGUCCGGCUGCUGCCCGGCGCGCGUGGUGUGCGACUGGCCAGGUGUUCGCUCAUCCAAACCCGCUCCUUUCUUUCCCCUCUGUCCUGCCGCGAGGUGUAUUGUUGACUAUGAUUUCUGUUGUUGUUUCUUAGUGUUUGUUUUUGUUGUUCAUGGCGUUACAGUAGAAGCUGAAUGUCGGUCUGCUCAGGCCCAUCCAGGGCCUCCUAAAGGCCCAUUGUGGGGCCCUCAUUUCUGUGAGUCCCGGAGAAAAUUGCCCCCCCCCCCCCACUCUGGGUGGCCCUGUUCAUUCCUCUUGGGAGCAAGCACUCCUGUGCUCUCAUAUCCGAAGUAGUGUGCUUGUAUCAGAUGCUCUGUGCCCCCUCCCCACCAGUGUGAGGAUUCGUUGCUUGCUUCAGACCUGUGCUUACACAAGGUGUAAUUAUGUCCAUCUUCUACUGUACUCUUAGCUAUGUCCAGUUGAUUCUUUCCCGUGAACUGAUUCGUGACGGCAGAGGUCAAGUUUCAUAAAAAAAUAAACUGCGACGUCAUUCCCA